GCGAGUCCGGGUCGUUGCCCGCUAUUGGCGGUUGUCCUUGCGUGGAAGAAGCCGCCUGCGUGCCCGCGAGGGGUUUGAAGCAGACUUCUCAGCUGGAACUCUUAUUUUCUUGCCCAUCAAUGGCAGCAUUCACAGGAGUGGAUGGAUACUGAAGCAGCCUUUGGAUCGUGGAGGGAUGGUUGGCUAUGACCCCAAUUCCCAGUGCAAGUCCCUCUCAGCAGUGGAAAUAGCACUAGCGGGAUCUGCAUCUGGGUUGGUCACUCGAGCACUGAUUGGCCCCUUUGAUGUUCUGAAGAUCCGUUUUCAGCUCCAGAUAGAACAACUGUGUUCCAGAAACCCACAGGCUAAAUAUCAUGGUAUCUGGCAGGCCAUUGGCCAAAUUUGGGGGGAAGAAGGGCCAAAGGCUUUCUGGAAGGGCCACGUCCCAGCUCAGCUCCUCUCGGUCAGCUAUGGAGCUGUCCAGUUUGUCAGCUUUGAGUUCCUGACAAAGCUGGUCCAUGAUGGCACAUCGUAUGAUGCUCGUAACUUUGGUGUGCAUUUUGUCUGUGGUGGUUUGGCUGCCUCUGCUGCCACUGUCACGGUUCAGCCCCUUGACACACUGCGCACCCGCAUGGCUGCCCAAGGAGAACCAAAGAUUUACAGGAACCUCCGCCAUGCUGUGAUCAACAUGUACCAGAGAGAAGGGCCGCUGACCUUUUAUAGGGGUCUCAGCCCAACCAUCAUUGCAAUUAUCCCCUAUGCUGGCCUCCAGUUUUCCUUAUAUAACUUCCUGAUGAGACUGUAUGAAUGGAUUGUUCCAGGAUCAAAAGCAGGCAGUGUUAAAAGUUUCAUGUGCGGCAGUUGUGCUGGAGUCAUCAGCAAAACCCUCACUUACCCUUUUGACCUGUUCAAGAAGCGACUGCAGGUGGGAGGCUUUGAGCAAGCCCGGGCAACAUUUGGGCAGGUGCGGACGUACAGCGGUUUAAUGGACUGUGCCCGACAGAUUCUGCAGGAUGAGGGAGCCAGUGGAUUCUACAAGGGCCUCUCCCCAAGCCUGUUGAAGGCUGCAUUUUCAACAGGCUUCACCUUUUUCUGGUAUGAGCUCUUCUGCCGCCUGAUGCAUAUCCUGAAGGAGAAAAACAGCUCAAAGAGGAAGGAAGACUGACAUAAGCUCCUGUCUGCAGCGGACAUUGCUGAUUAUAGUGGGGGGCCGGGGGGGGGGGCGGAGUGCCGAAUGGAGUAAAGUGUCUCUUUGCCACAGCCCAAAGCACACAUAAAGGGUACGUUUGGGCCAAACCAAGAGAGCUGGCCCUCCACAGCUGCUGUCGGGGGUGUUGCAGACAGUCCUUUCCGCUUGCAGCAGAGAUUGCUGCCUGUCUCGGCUCCCGUGUAAGAGGCACUACACUCCCGUGUAAGAGGCACAUUCUAGGGAAAGUUGUUUAAAAAAAAAAAUCAGCUCUUGGAACUGUCAAAACCCUGAUUUGAUGAAGAACAAAGAAUGUUCUUGUCCUGUUUGCAAAGCUCUCUCUCUGCUGUUUCUGCCUUGUCACAACUAGGCUGUACUGUUUGCUUUGCCAUGCUGGCAUCCCACUUUAACUCUCCAAGGACACAGUCCUUCUUCCCAUCAUCAAAGAAUCAUGCCUCUGCAAGUGACUUAGUUGCUGGCCACUAUUCCCCAGCAUUGCAAAUUUGCAGUGUUUACAGUAAGCCAGAGUGUCUUUGUUUCUUGCUUCUCGGCAUUCUUAAGUUUAAGGGGGUGUCUGAAAAGUACGGGGUUCGCCGCAUGGAGGACUCAGACAACGACAUGCUUUAGCGUACAUAACAGUGUCUACCUGUUGGAUAGCUGUUGGAUAGCUAUGUCUUGCUUCUUGUUGGUAGUUUUUCAUUAGCAGACAAGCAGACCUCCCCCCCCCCCUUUUUAAAGCAUGCUCCAUAAGGAAGAGAGUACCACAGAAAUGUCCCAGAUGCCUCUAGAUGGCAGUGUUAAAGAAGAGUGGGUGUGCAACCACUGCACAUAGCCACUGUGUCAGUGGUGCCUUUGGUGCUAUAGUGUUCUCCUUUUCUCCCACAUACACACACCUCUCAAUGUCUAGCCAAACUGCAAGUGGCAGGAAACAUGCACCCGUAACAGUCACACAAGGUGCUCACAUUUUAAAGGUAUUGCCUUUUAUGCUCCUUUUUUUUCCAAUUAAUUUUUUUAUUAUGCACACACACAAAAUUAGUUAUGAACAUUGCAAAUUAAGUACAUAGGGGAAAAG